GUUCUUUCUCCAUAUUCAAACCAAGCACAUUCCAGUACUCCUCUUGGUUUAACUAAAUAUAGCAAUCUCUUUCUAGUUAUCUCAAAACAUGAUGGCAAACGUUCUUGCAUGUCUGGUCAUCUUUGCUGCAAUCUUCAGCUCUGCUGUCUCAUCCGAUCCUGACUCCCUUCAGGAUCUCUGUGUUGCUGCUCCCACUUCAGGUAAAAAGGUGAACGGAUUUUUAUGCAAGGACGAGGCAAAUGUAACGGCAGCUGAUUUCACAUUCGACGGUCUGGCUAAGCCAGGACUUAUUAACAACUCGUUUGGUUCAGUUGCAAAGCCAGCCAACGUGGAUCAGAUUCCAGGUCUCAACACCCUGGGGGUGUCGAUGGCGCGAAUCGACUAUGCCCCCGGUGGACUUAACCCUCCUCACACCCACCCGCGUGGCACUGAGAUCGUGUUCGUGCUGGAAGGCGAGCUGGAAGUGGGCUUCAUCACCACAGCAAACAAGCUAAUCGCCAAGACCAUCAAGAAAGGUGAAAUCUUUCUGUUUCCCAAGGGACUGGUCCAUUUUCAGAAGAACAACGGCGAGAAGCCCGCUUCAGUGAUCGCGGCCUUCAAUAGCCAAUUACCCGGCACCCAAGUCAUUGCUCCGACACUAUUCACGGCAACACCACCCGUGCCAGACGAUGUGUUGGCUAUAGCCUUUCAGGUUGGUAACAAAGACAUUGACAAAAUCAAAGCAAAGCUGGCUCCCAAGAAGAAGUAGUACAGAAGUAUAAGUACUAGAGACCAUUUACCUUGCAAAUUCUUUUCAUCCCUAUGUAUAAACAUGUGAGUCUAAUAUGGCGUAUAUUGGAGGACAGAUUUUGAAUAAAAUUGGAUAUCUGCAA